UUUCAACAGUGGGGAUGCAUUCAACCUGCAAUGCAACGGAGAUGCAAUCCGAGUCUGGGCAAACUUCGCAUCCCAAGCAGCGAGUGGAGCGUUGGGUGUCCCCACCCUUGCAGCGGGGCCUCGAGUGUUAUCUUUUGAAAACCAGGCCGUGCUGCAAAAGAGGAAGCACCGCGGUGGCUGUUGCUUCGGGGAGGAAGGAGAAAAAUACACAUUGCGGUUGGCUUCUCCUUCCGGCCCGUCUUGCAGAAAGUUUGCACUCACCCCGCUCCAUGAUAUUGAGACACUACCCGGAGUAUCUACUCAAAGCCUAUUUCCGAGGGUUCGGGAAGGAGUGGACGGUCAAAAUGGCAGGGACGUUGGCCAAGCGGGUCAGCAGCAAGGCCAGCUACAGUCCGUACUUGACCGGACGGCGGAAGAAAGCGCCCAAAACUCAGGGGUCGGGGUUGGUGCCGUCCCGACCCAGCGUUUGGUUCAAGGAGCUUCCCUCGGUGGUGUCGGGCCCGCUGGAUGGCACAACGAUGGCCAAGCGCCCCACCAGCCUCAGCCGCCAUGCCAGCGCCGCGGGGUUCCCCCUCUCUCCGGCCAAGGGGCUCCCCAAAAGCCACAAAGCUCACAGCCCCGGAGACGGGGUCAAUGCCGAGAGCAGCCUGACCGACCCGGAGGACAUUGCGCAGCUCUUGGCCGACGUGGCCUGCUUUGCCGAGCGGCUGGAGAAGCUCAAGGACGUGGUGCUCCAGGAGGAUGGGGUGGAGUCCCGCCGGCCCGUGGCCCACGAAUACCUCGGGGAAGCCCUGCGGAUCCUCCGGCAGAUUAUCAGCAAGUACCCGCUGCUCAACACCUUGGAGACGUUGACCGCCGCCGGGACGCUCAUCUCGAAAGUCAAAGGUUUCCAUUACGAAUCCAACAACGAAGCCGAGAAAAGGGAAUUUGAGAAGGCCGUGGAAAUGAUUGCCGUUUCCUUCAGCAGCACAGUCUCCGAAUUCCUCAUGGGCGAAGUCGACUGCAGCACCAUCCUCUCCAUGCCGCCCAGCGACGCCAACCAGUCGAUGGAAAACCUGUACGGUGGGAUCCCCGGGCAAGGCGCAGAAAUCCUGUCCGACCGCUCCGAAGACUUCAGUUCGAUCCGGCUGUCGGCCGAAGAGGUGGACGUCCUGCUCCAAAAGUGCGAGGGUGGGGUGGCCUUUGCCCUGAAGUACGCCAAGAACAUCUCCAAGUACAUGAAGGAUCUCAUUUACUACUUGGAGAAGAGGACGGCUCUGGAGAUGGAGUUUGCCAAAGGGCUCCAGAAGAUGGCAAAUACCUGCAAGCAGACCAUCACACAAGAGCCCCACAUGCCGUUCCUUUCGAUCUAUUCCUUGGCGCUGGAACAAGACUCCGAAUACGCCGCGAGCUCCCUCCACGCCGCUGUCACUCUGCGGAUGGAGACGUUCUUGCAACCGCUGCAGACGAGGCGCCUGGAGCACGAAAAGCGUCGGAAGGAGAUCAAGGAGCAAUGGGGACGAGCCCAGCGGAAACUGCAAGAGGCCGAAAACAACCUGCGGAAGGCCAAGCAGGUCUACAUGCAGCGCUCGGAGGAGAGCGAGAAGGCCAAGAACGUGGCGGCCAAAGCCGAGGAGGAGCAAAUGGGGUCCGUUGUCGGAGGCGGUGGCGGCGGGGGGACCGGGGCCGUCCCCAACAAGGCCCUGGAGAAGAAGCGGCGGCUGGAGGAAGAGGCCCGGAACAAGGCCGAAGAAGCCAUGGCGACAUACCGGACAUGCAUCGCGGACGCCAACACGCAGCGGCAGGAGUUGGAGGACACCAAAGUCACGUCGUUGCGGCAGAUCCACGAGGUGGUCAAGCAGAGCGACCAGGUCAUCAAGUCGGCCACCAUUUCGUUCUACCAAACCAUGCACAUGCAGACGGCGCCGCUACCUGUCUACUUCCAGACGCUGUGCGAAAGCAGCAAGCUCUACGACCCGGGUCAGCAAUACGCCUCCCACGUCAAGCGGCUGCAGCGGGAGGACGAGCCGGACACGCAGUACGACUUCGAGCCCUACGUCUCCCACAAUUGGUCUCCGAUCGGACGGACGCGGAAGGGCAGCUGCAGCGCCAGCGAAUCCGCGCAAGGAAGUGGCACAGAUGUGGGCGGCAAAGACGGGGAACGGCGAGGCGGACGGGGCCACCAGGUGCACAAAUCCUGGCCGACGGUCAUUGCGGAGACCAAGGAUCACCCAGAGUCCAAUACCAGUAGCUCAGGCGAGUUUCCGGCCAAGUUCCCAGCGAUGCCUUCGAACGGAUCCUUCUCUCCCAGCGAAGAGUCGGACGGAAACUCCCCGUCGUUCGAGCAAAGCAUCCAGGAGAUGAGCCCCGGGGUGAUCUCCGCAGCCACCGGCCCCUUCCGCCAUGUCGGCUUGUCCAAAGCGGCCCAGACGCACCGGCUGCGGAAGCUCCGCACUCCCUCCAAGUGCCGCGAGUGCAACAGCUACGUCUACUUCCAAGGCGCUGAAUGCGAGGAGUGUUACUUGGCCUGCCACAAAAAGUGCUUGGAGACGCUGGCCAUCCAGUGCGGCCACAAGAAGCUCCGGGGCAAGCUCCAGCUCUUUGGCCAGGACUUCCUGCAGGCCUCCGGAUCCAGCUCCGACGGCAUUCCCUUCAUCGUCCAAAAGUGCAUCUUGGAGAUCGAAAAGCGGGCCACCAGGACCAAGGGUAUCUAUCGCGUCAACGGGGUGAAAACCCGAGUGGAGAAGCUCUGCCAGGCCUUUGAGAACGGGAAAGAGCUGGUGGAGCUGUCCCAGGCUUCUCCGCACGACAUCAGCAACGUCCUGAAGCUCUACCUGCGGCAGCUGCCGGAGCCCAUCCUGCCCUUCCGGAUGUACAACGCCCUGAUGGGGUUGGCCAAGGAGAGCCUCCAAGGUGGGAAAAGCGCGGCCGAAAUGGCCGACAAGGGGCCGGAGACUGACCCGGCCGUGUUGGCGCUGGUGACCAAGUUGCGGGAGCUGCUCAGCAAGGAGCUGCCUGCCGAGAACCGGGCCACCUUGCGCUUCCUCGUCCAGCACUUGCGCAGGAUCGUGGCUGCCGAGGGCGAGAACAAGAUGACCCCCGGCAACCUGGGCAUCGUCUUCGGCCCCACCUUGAUGCGCCCCCGGCCCACCGAGGCCACCAUUUCCCUCUCCUCCUUGGUGGACUAUCCCCACCAGGCCCGCAUCAUCGAGGCCUUCAUCAUCUUCUACCCCGAUAUCUUCGAGACGCCCCAGACACUUGUCGUUGGCUUGGAAGAGGAAGAAGAGGAAGACGAGGAAGUGACCACGAACCAGGAUGAUGAGACCGCAUAUCUUGUGCCGACACCGGACCCGGAUGAGGCCGCACUUCACGAAGAAUCGAGCGCUCGCUUCAUCGACUCGGAUUCAGACGAGGACGAUGGCGCCGAGGGAGUCUUGCCGGCCCGCGGAGCUCGGCGCAGCAAGUCCAGCGCCGACGAGGAAACGCCGUCUGCCGAUGAGGAAGGCGCUCGGAGCCAUUCGGAGCCCGAGGACGUCUCGGCGCCGCAGGGAAAAGAUGUGGAGGACGAUGCCGUCUUUGGGAGAGACGAGACACUCGGCUAGUAUCC